UCUAGAAUAACUAGUCAAUUACAACUCUAUUGUACCGCAAUCGGUGCAUUGAUUUUUGCAUCGUUAAUGCUUUUUGCUGGUUGGUUCCAUUAUCACAAAGCCGCUCCCAAAUUGGCCUGGUUCCAAGAUAUAGAAUCCAUGUUGAAUCACCACUUAGCGGGGUUAUUAGGACUUAGGUCUCUUUCUUGGGCGGGACACCAAAUCCAUGUAUCUUUACCGAUUAACCAAUUUCUCGAUGCUGGGGUUGAUCCUAAAGAGAUACCACUUCCUCAUGAAUUUAUCUUGAAUCGCGACCUUUUGGCUCAACUAUAUCCUAGUUUUGCCGAAGGAGCAACCCCCUUUUUCACCUUGAAUUGGUCCAAAUAUGCAGAAUAUCUUACUUUUCACGGAGGACUAGAUCCAAUAACCGGUGGCCUAUGGUUGAGCGAUAUUGCGCACCAUCAUUUAGCUAUUGCUAUUCUUUUCCUGAUCGCUGGUCAUAUGUAUAGGACCAACUGGGGUAUUGGUCAUGGACUUAAAGAUAUUUUGGAGGCUCAUAAAGGCCCAUUUAUAGGACAAGGACAUAAGGGUCUCUAUGAAAUCCUAACAACAUCAUGGGAUGCUCAAUUAUCUCUUAACCUAGCUAUGCUAGGCUCUACAACUAUUGUUGUAGCUCAUCAUAUGUACUCUAUGCCCCCCUAUCCAUACCUAGCUACUGACUAUGGUACACAACUUUCCUUGUUCACACACCACAUGUGGAUUGGCGGAUUUCUAAUAGUCGGUGCUGCUGCACAUGCAGCCAUUUUUAUGGCAAGAGACUAUGAUCCAACUACUCGAUACAACAAUCUAUUAGCUUGCAUCCUUAGACACUUCGAUGCAAUCAUAUCCCACCUUAACUGGGUAUGUAUAUUUCUAGGUUUUCACAGUUUUGGCUUGUACAUUCAUAAUGAUACCAUGAGUGCUUUAGGUCGUCCCCAAGAUAUGUUUUCGAAUACUGCCAUACAAUUACAACCCAUCUUUGCUCAAUGAGUACAAAAUAUCCAUGCUGACGCGCCUGGCGUAACAGCUCCUGGUGCAACAACAAGUACCAGCUUAACGUGGGGAGGUGGCGAGUUAGUAGCUGUAGGCGGCAAAGUAGCUUUUUUACCUAUUCCAUUAGGAACCGCAGAUUUUUUUAGUCCAUCACAUUCACGCAUUUACUAUCCAUGUGACUGUAUUAAUACUUUUGAAAGGUGUUUUAUUUGCUUGC